AUGAGCAGAGAGCUUGCUUAUAAUAUUCCGAUUUUCGCCUCUUUCGUUCUGGCUGGAUUGGUUAUUAUUGCAGUUGUCGGUCCACCUACUUUUGCAACCGACGGCCUCGUUUAUCUUGAGCCGCUGGCUGUGAGCCUGGAACAAGGAAAUGUCUUCGCUGGCGCGACUCUGCCAUUCGGAAUGGUUAAGGCUGUGGCUGACAUGGACGGAGCAAACGAUAACUGCAUCACCGGUUUCUCGGCAUUCCAUGGUGCGGGUGUCGGACCUCCGAUGUCCAUGGCGAACUUUCCUCUCUUUCCUUUCGAUGGAUGUAUAGCCGGCGAUAUCGAGAAAUGCGAUUUUUCGAAGCAUCAUCGCCGUGUGAAUUACUAUCCAGACACAAUCCAAGCUAUUCCUGGAUAUUUUUCCGUGACCCUUGCAUCCGGGAUUCGCGUCGAUAUGACGGCUACUGCACAUGCGGCUCUCUUCUGUUUCAUGUUCCCUACAGUAUCUGAUCAUGGCGGACCCAAUCAUCUGGUGAUCCAGCUGGAUUUGAGCGACCUAUCUGGUUCCUGUCAAGGCAAUUCCAUGAUAUCGGUAUCAAACCAAAAUUUACCACGGUUAACUGGCCUAGGAGAGUUCAUAUCCCGUCUCGGAGCUCGCAAAUAUACCGUCUAUUUCUGUGCAGACUUCCGCCCCCCUGAUCUAGUCCGGAUCCGAGGUUUUGGAACUUAUUUCGGCUCAGUCACUACUCCCAGGGCCCGUAAUCUGACCAUACUUCAAGACUCAAAUGGCGCGGCUCCCCCCGGUGGUGGUUGGGUACAUUUUGAGAGUCCAAGGCAUGAGCCGAUCUCAGUGAGAAUGGGAUUAAGCUUCCUCAGCCAAGCGAAAGCAUGCGAGGAUGCCGAGACGGAGAUUCCAGAAUUCAACUUUGAUGUUGCGCACGGUGCUGCGAUGGAUACUUGGACGAUGAAGCUGGAUACGAUCUAUGUAGACGACAAGGGAGUCGAUGGAUCGUUACUAAGGAUUUUCUGGCUUGGAAUCUACAGUGCCUUUGUGAACCCGCAGAAGUACAGCGAAGUUACGACCUUAGCGGUAGCCAGUCCGGAUCCCAAACCUUAUUUCGAUUCAUUCUGCUUAUCGGUUUCCUAUUCGACUCAUCUUUCUCUGUUGACGAUUCUCGAUCCCGAGGAAACAGCUGGAAUUAUCCAGAGCGUGCUAGAUAUGUACAGCGAAGAAGGCUGGCUGCCUGAUUGUCAUAUGAGUCUUUCUUUGGGCUGCACGCACAGCGGAUAUGGUGCCGACAUUGUUUUAGUUGACGGCUUCCUAAAGGAACCUCGCAACGGGAUUGACUUCAAGACUGGAUACGCUGCGAUUGAUUCCGAACACAAUAUAUUGCUUGGUUCCUCGCGAGGCAUAUCCAAAACACUCGCAUAUAGCUACAGGGACUUCAUUAUCGCACAGUUUGCGAGAGAAAGGGGGCACCUUGAAGACUACGAGCGGUAUCUCCAAAGGAGCACGUACUGGAUAAACUUGUUCGAACCUAACCAGACGUCGACCACCCACCUGUCUACUACUGGGUUUCUGGGGUUCUUCCAGCCCAGAUACCGCAAUGGGACCUGGUGCUAUACGGAUCCUGACCGUCUCUGGAAAUAUUCAUUCUACGUUCCUCAUGACCAAGCGGCUCUCAUCGCCUUGCUAGGUGGUCCCAAGCAAUUCGUCCGUCGCCUCGGCUACGCUCAUGACUCCAAACUCAUGACUAUGGACAGCGCAGCGUCGUUUCUCUCAGUCUUCCAGUACCAUUAUGCAGGGCGUCCAGCCCUUUCAUCGAAGCGGGCACACCACUACAUCCCUCGUGCCUUUUCUCUGGAGCCUAGUGAACUUCCAUGGGGAGGGUCCACAACCGCCAUCGGCAGUUUUGUGGUCCUAACAAUGAUCGGACUAUUUCCCAACGCAGGACAAGAUGUCUAUCUAAUCAUUCCUCCGUUCUUUCGAGAAGUUGCGAUUACGAAUCCGAUUACGAGAAAUGUAUCGGCGGUCAGGAACAUCAACUUCGACCCGACUUACAAGAAUAUCUACAUCCAGAAAGCGACUCUGAAGGCGUUGAAGGGCCCUUUCCCCUGCGUCCUCAACAUCUCGGCCAACGCCGUCCUCGAUUCCGGCUCCCACCGUUUCCUAUCCUCCUCCGUCCACCCGACCUUCAUCGCCUCAAAGAACUUCCACUUAAACAUGUCCACCAGCUCCUCCAAAUCAUUCGUCGGGCAGUCGGUCUCGACGAAGUACUCUUUUAUUUCCCCCGUAAACCCCGCCUCCUUCAACGCCUCCACCAUUUUGCCCUUCUCCAACCACGGGUUGAUCCCCUCCUGCCAUAACGGCAAGUCUGGCCGGAUCGCCCGCUGA